AUGGCUAAAGGCAGUUCUUAUUGUGAUGCUGCCGGUCGAUUUCAGCACUCUAUUGCAACAAUUGGGUUGUACUUUAAACAAGUACUGGAAACAAUGGUUCAUUUGUCUACCAAGAUCAUAAGACCAUACCAAAGUUUGACCGUGGUGCCAAAAAAAAUAGGUGACAACACAAAAUAUUGGGCAUAUUUCAAGGAUUGUGUUGGAGCAUUGGAUGGGACUCAUAUAAAUGCAGUUGUAAGCGAUGAUGAUGGUGUGGCACAUCGAGGGCGUAAAGGAAAAAAAACAUGGAAUGUUUUGGCUGCCUGUUCCUUUGAUAGGCUUUUCACGUUUAUCAACGUUGGAUUUGAAGGUAGUGCUCAUGAUAUUACUGUAUGGAACCAUUGCUUAACUGUACCAGAAUUUCGAUUUCCCCAUCCACCUCCAGGAAAAUAUUAUCUAGUAGAUUCUGGAUAUCCGAAUACCGUUGGAUAUUUGAGUCCAAUAAAAGAAAAAGAUAUUAGAACCCAUUUGCCUGGAUUUCGAAAUGGUCCACCACCACAAGGCAUGCUUGACUUUUUAAUUAUCUUCACUCUUCACUUCGAACAACGAUCGAGAGAUGUUUUGGACAAUUAAAAGGUCGAUGGAAAAUAUUGACAAUGAUGCCACAAAUGGACACUAAACAUCAAUUGGCAAUUAUGGUUGCUACAUUCACACUUCACAUUUUUAUUCGAUUACAUGAGUUGGAUAUACCCAUUGAUAGUGGUAUAGAAAUCGAACCAAGAGCAGAUUAUGAUUUGUUUAACGAGAAUCGUAAAGCUGUAAUGAAAGAAGUACAACUUAAUAU